ACCCUUUUCCAAAAACGCGUGUCAAAUUUGUUUCUAUUCAAUACGUCAACCCCCACCUUACCUACAUUCUUUUAAAGACUCCGACAUUGCUGGCAUCUUCAUCAUUCUUCAACGAAAUCGUUUACUUUUAAACUUUAUCUCCGGCGAAGAUUGCGUUUUCCCGUCGAUCUCCCCAGUAGCUAUUGAAAUAUCUCGGCGUAACCUCGAUUUAGUCGAUCUCAACUCUAUACACGAAGAUGAAUCCCGAAUAUGACUACCUCUUCAAGCUUCUACUCAUUGGAGAUUCAGGAGUUGGAAAAUCAUGUCUCCUAUUGCGAUUUGCUGAUGAUUCAUACUUGGAAAGUUACAUCAGCACCAUUGGUGUAGACUUUAAAAUCCGCACAGUAGAACAAGAUGGCAAAACAAUUAAGCUCCAAAUUUGGGACACUGCUGGACAAGAACGUUUCAGAACAAUCACCAGCAGCUACUAUCGUGGAGCCCAUGGCAUUAUUGUUGUUUAUGAUGUGACAGAUCAAGAGAGUUUCAACAAUGUAAAACAAUGGUUGAGUGAAAUUGAUCGUUAUGCUAGUGAGAAUGUCAACAAGCUUCUUGUUGGAAACAAAUGUGAUCUCACUUCUCAGAAAGUCGUGUCUUAUGAAACUGGAAAGGCAUUUGCUGAUGAGAUUGGGAUUCCAUUCCUUGAAACAAGUGCCAAAAGCUCCACCAAUGUGGAAGAAGCUUUUAUGGCUAUGACUGCUGAAAUUAAAAACAGGAUGGCAAGUCAACCGUCAAUGAACAAUGCUAGACCUCCUACUGUUCAGAUCCGAGGUCAACCGGUCAACCAGAAGUCAGGAUGUUGCUCUUCUUGAAGGUCUUGAAUCUUGAUCAUGGUUUUAUUCUUUUCGAAUUAAAAAAAAAAAAAACAAAUGAAUUCAGGGAACUUGAUGUACAAAGUAGGAUAACACUUUGUUGAAUGCCUGUUAUUAUUUUUAUUGUUAUGUUAUACUGUUUGCAUUUUGGCAAAAGUUUUAGCUACUUUUUUGUUUCCUUUGUAUUUUAACAAUAUCCUGUGUGUUUAAUGUUUUUUUUUGUUAUAACUGAAUAAGGAUGACCUUAUUCUGACAGUUGAUUUUUCAAUAUUUUGGGUAAACCGAAUA